CACUCCAGCCCUGUAGGUGGCGGGACUGUACCUAAAGCUGGUCUGCCAUCCGCCAUUAGACUGAGAGAAAUAGUUGCUUUAAACAGUCUCAUGCAUCAAGCAGUGUGUGGAUAAAUGUACUCUUAAUUCAUUUAACUAAUCAGCAUCAGCAUCAUGACACAAACAGACAGAGACGCGGAGAACGGAAGAGACAGAGAGAAAGAGCAGCGCGGAGUGAAGAGACCCAUAGUUCCCGCUGCUGUACCAGAGCCAUUACAGGAGCAAAUUCAAGCCAACUUCAUUGUCGUGAUUCAUCCCGGAUCAAAAUCUCUGCGGAUAGGCCGGGCUACAGACACCCUCCCCCUAAGCGUUCCUCAGGUCAUCGCCCGCAGACACAAACAGCCCGGUCAGCGCCGCUACGAGGAUCAGUGCCUCUUACGAGAAGGACUGAAUGCAAGUAACUUCACUGCCUCUCCAUAA